AUGUAUGGACUGCUAAUAGUGGGUGUUCAACACUUUGUUGAGCAACACUUUGGUCAUGAACUGUGGCCUAUUAUCGUGGAAUGUGCUGGCUUACGAAUCACAGAGUUUAAAACUCAGCAAGUGUAUUCAGAUUCGGUGAUCAGACAACUUAUUGAAGCACUUGUGGCUGAAACUGGUUUUUCGGCGAGAGAUCUUCGGUAUCUGAAUGGACUGUACUUCGCCUCAUUUACGAUUCAUCAUGGGUUUGAAAAGCUGUUAAGGAUACAAGGACGAACAUUUAUUCAUUUUCUCCGCAACCUGGAUGACUUACACGAGCAUAUGCGGUUCUCCUAUCCGAGGAUAAGACCGCCGUCUUUUUCUGUUCUCUACGAAUCACCAUCACUCAUUCGUUUCUUAUACUCGUCCAAACGUACAGGCUAUGAACACUAUGUGCGUGGUCAGUUGGUAAAUUUAGCCAAGAGAUUCUUCGACAUUAACAUUUCCGUUAUUAUUGUGAACAAGAGGAGGGUUGGUCCGGUGAGACAUAUCACUUAUGAGAUCACCCACGACGGAAAGAGUUGGGAGACGGCUGACGAAGUGCAACAGAGUCAGCAAUUGAACCAUUGGGGACCGAUGAUGAGCGGAUCGGAAUUUUUCAAACUGUCCUCUUUCUAUUUGGUCAUCAGUCGAGAAAUGAAACUGGUGCGAGUGAGCCAAACGUUCGAGAGACUGGACUGCACUCUAAAUGGGGCCGCCUUCACGGACAAAUUUACUCUGGUACGCCCCUACAUUGAGGCAACAUUUGAGGAGAUCAAACUUCAUCGACACAACACAUUCGAGCUGAUCCUGGUCUCAAAUAUGGAAGCACUUGGUCACUCCAAGCGCGCGAUCUCACUUUCACAAGCCGCCUGCAAAUUCAAAGGACAGAUGUGUUUCGCAGAUGAGUGGGACAUGAUUCUCUUUUUGGGCACCCCAGUACUGAGGAACAUUCAACAGAUGGAGGACUGCGGACUCUAUGUCAAUGAUCUGAACAUGUUCGAUCGGAGCACAGACAUUGUUCUCGCCGGCGAGCAGCAGUCAGAGGAACUGAUGAACUUGUUCAAAAAGCAAAUGGAUGAGUGUAAACAACUAGAAAAGAGCAUGAGGCGAAUGGAUAAAAUACGUAAACUCGCGGACGAAUUGUUGUACCAGUGCAUCCCAAAGGGAGUGGCCGUGAAGCUUCGCAACGGGACGCCGGCUAUGGAAACCAUACAGACAUUUGAUGCCGUGAGCAUCUGCUUCACUAAAGUGGUGAAUUUUCGCACCAAAUGCAUGGAAAUUAAUGUUCAACAGACAAUCGAAUUACUGAACAAAAUGUACACGCUAUAUGACUCGCUCACAGAAUUGCACAAGGUAUACAAGGUUGAGACAGUUGGUGAUAGUUACAUGUUGGUAUCUGGAGCUCCUCAACACACCGCAUUGCAUGCUGCCCACAUUACUGAAAUGGCGUUGCAAAUAUUGGACGUCACCCGGAAUAAACUAUCCUGGCCUCUAAAGACAGACGGAGCAAAAGAGAUGAAGGAAUGUCCGUAUUCGUCGGAACCACUACAGUUGUUCAUAGGAUGUAACAGUGGUCCGAUUGUGGCCGGUGUAGUUGGAUACAAGACGCCUCGGUACUGUCUUUUCGGAGACACUGUGAACGCAGCAAGUCGCAUGAUGAGCAACGGAUCGCCGGACAAAAUCCACAUAAGCCGAUCGUUUGCUGACACGCUCGCUCCCUAUCCAUACGUUGUCAACUACAGAGGGAAAAUGGACAUCAAGGGUAAGGGAGAAAUGGAUACUUACUUUGUCGAAGGACGUGCUCAAGAGUUUGUCAUUAUCGAUGAGGAUACUGGCACUCGGCAAAACUUCGCGGAUGUUCUGAAAAGGGAUUUUGAACAACCUGAUGAUUCGCUUUUGGAACAACCGAUGACCGAAGAAUGUAUAUCCGUCGAACUUUCCGAUGCAACGUCUGAGAGCAGCAGACUGUUCUCUGAUAGUACUUCGCAGUGUAAGAGAUCGCAGAGGGCAUUCAGGCUUUCGAGUAAUCGAAUGGGAAUUACCCACCAGUCAGAAGUGACCUUUCUAACGGAACCUACGGAUUCACUUGAGAUUGCUGAUGUCUCAAGAGUUUCGAAACCAUCAGGACAGAUAAAAUUCUCCCCCGAUAGUAGGCAAAAGGAGGUUAAUGAAACGGCCACUAAAGAGAAGCUAAGAAAUCAGUCACAUCUAAGUAAUGCAGAUGGAAUAGAGAGACAGGCGUUUACAACUAUCCCACUGACAGGAAACAGGAUUACACUGGUUGAAAAUGUAGUGCAACAGACUGCCGUUUGGUUGCUCACUGAGAGGACUCCAAACAAAGCGCAGCAGAAACCCACAUCCGGUCAGCAAAACACAUGCCUCUCUCGAACUAUUCCUGAACCCGAACCGUCAGAUUUAACAAGCCCCAAUGAUGACAAGGACGAGGCGAACUACGGCCACUCCGUUAGUGUCAGAAACACAGCAUCUAGCACUGAGGAUGCUACAACUCCGGAUGGUAAUGCAUGGAAUGGAAUUCAAACUACAACGCAGCAAAGCAGCAGUGUCAGCUCUUCCUUUAGAGUCACCACAGUCGACAAAGGGAAGCAACGCUGUGCUCAAGAUGAACGGGAAACCGCGGAGAGUAAGUUCGUAAAGCAGUUGAUAUUGCUCUCAUCCUUUUUCUCGCUUUUCUACGUAGCCUUGUAG